AUUAAUUCGUCUAAAUUUUAGAGAGAUUAACAAAGACGGAGAGGAGAUAGAAAGCGAGAGAGCGAGAGAGCGACACUGAGGGAGAGUGUGUUGUGCGAAAGUGGAGAAGGAUGCCUCGGAGCAGGUUUUCUGGUUCUCUGUCUACUCCUAAAGUCGAAGUCAUGAUUGACACGGGCAACCCUUUCCUCAACCUCACCGUCGAUGGUUUCUUGAAGAUCGGCACCGUCGCCGCUGCCAGAGCAGUUGCAGAGGAUGCCUAUGACGUCCUUAGAAAAGGGAAUAUUUCUCGGCACAAGUUUGAGCACUCGCUGAAGAAGAUGUGUAAAGAAGGCGCGUAUUGGGGAACUGUGGCUGGAGUUUAUGUGGGAUUGGAGUAUGGAUCAGAGAGGAUUCGUGGCACAAGAGACUGGAAGAAUGCCAUGAUUGGUGGUGCGAUGACAGGUGCACUGGUAUCUGCAGCCAGCAACAACAACAGAGACAAGAUUGUGAUAGAUGCCAUUACAGGCGGUGCGGUUGCAACCGCUGCAGAGUUCCUCAACUACCUCGUCUGAACUGAUGGCUCUAAAGUUCUCCCGUAUCUACUUAUCAAAAAAAGCUCUCCCUUAUCUCUAUUAUAACACUGCGAGAAGGAAGAAUGUUUGCCUUUUACUUUGUUAUUUCCUUGUGAAAUAGUAAGUUUGUAAGAAAGACAACCGAAUGUGGAUGGUUAAUAAAUUCCAACUAUUUGGUUCAA